AUGGAAAGUGAAUUGUGUGGGAACAAGGUUAAAUAUGAAUUACCAGUUGAAAGUCCUGGUUCACCAGAUGACAUGAACAAUGAGAAAGAAAAACAUUUAUAUCAGUGUGAUAUCUGUAGAAAAUCGUUCUUUCAUAGAGGUAAUUUAAACGCUCACAAACGAAUUCAUACAGGAGAGAAGCCAUAUCAUUGUGAUAUUUGUGGGAGAUCAUUCACUCAGAAACGUAACCUAACAAAUCACAAACACAUUCAUACAGGAGAAAAACCAUAUCAGUGUGAUAUCUGUGGGAUAUAUUUCUCUGAUGGGAGCCAAUUAACUAAACACAAACGCAUUCAUACAGGAGAGAAACCAUAUCACUGUCAUAUCUGUGGUAAAUCAUUCACUGGGAGUAGUAAGUUAACUAUACACAUACGCAUUCAUACAGGAGAGAGGCCAUAUCACUGUGAUAUCUGUGGUAAAUCGUACUCUCGAAGUGGUUACUUAACUACUCAUAAACGUAUUCACACAGGAGAGAAACCUUAUCAUUGUGAUAUCUGUGGUAAGUCAUUCUCUGCAGGUAACCAUUUAGCUUCUCACAAACAUAUCCAUACAGGAGAGAAACCAUAUCACUGUAAUAUUUGUGGUAAAUCAUUCUCUCUAAGUAAUCACUUAACUACUCACAAACGUAUUCACACAGGAGAGAAGCCAUUCCACUGUGAUAUUUGUGGUAAAUCGUUUUCUGGAAGUAGCGAUUUAACUAAACACAAACGUAUUCAUACAGGAGAGAAACCAUUCCACUGUGAUUUCUGUGGUAAAUCAUUCUCUCAUGGCAAUAGCUUAACUACACACAUGUAUAUUCAUAUAGGUGAGAAGCCAUAUCACUGUGAUAUCUGUGGUAAAUCAUUCUCAAGAAACAGUCAUUUAGCUAGUCACAAACGCAUUCAUACUGGAGAGAAACCAUAUCUUUGUGAUAUUUGUGGUAAAUCAUUCUCUCAAAGUGGUAUUUUAACUUCACACAGACGUAUUCAUACUGGUGAGAAACCCUAUUUUUGUGAUAUCUGUGGUAAAUCAUUCUCUGAUGGAAGAAGUGCUAUAACUAAACACAAACGUAUCCACACAGGAGAGAAACCAUAUCAUUGUGAUAUCUGUGGUAAAUCAUUCUCUCGAAAUGAUCACUUGAUCACUCACAAACGUAUUCAUACAGGGGAGAAGCCAUAUCAUUGUGAUAUCUGUGGUAAAUCCUUCUCUGAUGGAAGUUAUUUAACAAAGCACAAACUCAUACAUACUGGAGAGAAAUCAUAUACCUGUGAUAUUUGUGGUAAAUCAUUCUCUGAAAAUGGGGAUUUAAAUACCCAUGUUUGUGUUCAUAUAGAAGAGUGAUUUUAUUAAGAGCAAAAUGCUAAAACCUGAAAAAUAUUUUUUCUUAAUCAAAUUAAUUUUUCCCUUUCUGUCAUUGAUAAAGCUAAUAAUUGUAUGAGUAUUGGCAUUUUUUUGAUGGAGUAAUUUUAGUAAAUUCACCAAUGUGUAGUAAAUCUUUAUUUACAAAAGAUAGUAUCAUUAUUAAUAAAUACUAACUUUUCAGAUAUUUUUUUUUUUUUACCUUUUUUCUCAUUUGAAAAUUGAGUAAUUUUAUGGCUCCAAUCUGAUCUGGCAAGAUUUCUACAGCUGGAUGCCCUUCCUAACACCAACCACUCUGAGAGUGUAGUGGGUGCUUUUUACGUGCCUUGCUUCCCAACCACAUGGUUCCACAUGCAAUCCCACCGUGUGGCACCUCAGGCCGACGAAAGACAUGUGAGUAGAUUUGGCAGGUGGAAACUGUAUGAAGCCUAUUGUGUAUAUAUAUAUAUAUCAUCAUUUAAUGUCUGCUUUCUGUGCUGGCAUGGGUUAGAUGGUUUGUCAGGAGCUGGCUAGGCAGAAGACUGCACCAUGUUUCACAGUCUGUUUUGGCAUCGUUUUUACAGCUGGACAUCCUUCCUAACACCAAUCACUCUGCAGAGUGGAUUGAGUGCUUUUUUACAUGGCACAAGCACAGACGAGGUCAGUUUUGCCAUGUAUAUACUAACAAUAAUUAUAAAUCAUCUAUGAAUACAUUUUCUUAUAUAUCUAGCUGCCUUAUGCCAUUAAUCAUAUAUUUCUAAACACUAUCUUGAUUAAUGUAUCUCAACAUAUUUCCAUUUGAUGAUAUUCACUACAUUUUGCUCACCUUACAUAGCUCCAUGUCCUCCUGUCUCCCAUACGAUCUCAUCUUAAUUUUUACUUGCAUUUUAUUUCUCUUUUCGUUAUUAUUCCCUAUAUUUUGUAAACCCAAUAUCUACAAACUCAUCUCUCAUUUCAUUUCUUUCUCCGGAGAAUAAACAUAUAUGUAUUCCAUGUUAUACAUUAUCAGAAAGACAAUUCUUUUGACAUUGUGGGUAAAUAACUGAGAAAUAUAUUCUCAUUAAUCAUGUUGUAACAUCUUUGUGCAAUUAUUAUGUUAGAAAUAAAUAUUUUAUCAUCAUCA